AUGAAAUAAGAAGACCUUAAUUACUUGACUUACGGAUCAGUGAUUUCUAUUUCUCAUGUUUAAGAUGACCAUUCAUUUAUUACAGCAGAUGGUUUUGUGAAACGUUCUGUUUAUUUAAAGAACUUUGUAUUUUUAAAAGCAUUUAUAAUAAGCAUCAUAUCGAUGUAGUGGAUGUAAAAGGUUUAGGCAAAAUGAAAAGCAGACCAUAUUUUAACACACUAUUUUAAAUAUUUCCUAAAUUCACUAAUAACACAAAAUAAGAAAUUUUGAAAGAAUUAUAAGGUGAAGAAUAAGAGGAAGAAACUUAACCAGCUAUUUAAAAUAUUUUAGAGAGUAUAUUGAAAUAGCAGAAAGUGGAUGAAAAAACAAUUAUGUCUAAGGAGUAGAUUCAAUCUUUUUCUUAGAAAUUGUUAUAGGAAUUCAAAUACAAUUUAGACACAUUCGAAAAAGUAAAUUGAUAAUUAUUAUAGUUAGUCUAAAUCUCAUAAAGUAUCUUAUAAAUCACAUAUUUAAUUGUUACAUUUGGCAUCAUCUAAAUUUUUAGCUUGUCAUUAAAAAGAAGCUAGAGUAGAGAGUUCAAAUUACAAAAUUACUUUAGAUGAAUUACCUAGUGAUGCAUCUUUAUUCAAAAUUUUACCAGCAUACAAAUAUUAAAAGGAAGGAGAGUAAGUAAUUUAUGCAAGUGAUAUAGUAUAUAUAGUAAGAGCAACAUCAUUAAUGAAUAAAUUAACAUUUUUGCAUGCUUCUUAAGAAAUGGGUAAUUAUGGAAAAACUAAAAAAAAAUAAAAAAGUGAUGAAGAUCUUUAGAGUUAUAAGAAUGAUAAGGAUAUAAUUAAAAGAGAAGUUAAUGCAUCUUUGGAUGAAGAAAACUAAACAUAAUGGAGGAUAUUUGUUUAUUCUGAUUAUGUUGCAGAGACAUCGGGAUGUUUAAAAUGUGGAGAUGUUAUAUGGCUUCAUCAUAGUGAAACUAAUACUACAAUAGCUGCUACCAGAAAAGGAAAACCUGUAGAUUAAAAGAACUUUCAUUCAUUUGAUUUGGUUGAAUGGUUAGGAGUUGAAAAUGUAGAAUUAAAUGUAUUAAGUGGAUCAACUAAGGAGAGUUAUGAUGAAUAUACAGGUGAUACUCAUUCUAUGUGGAUUAUUGAAGCAGAAGAUUAUAAAGAAGGAGGUAUUGUAUUAUUUGAAAAAAAAUAUCGAUUUAAACAUUUUGCUUCAGGACUUUAUUUGGCAGGAAUUAAAGAAAAGUUUUAUUUGGAAAAAUAAAGAACUCCUAAGACUUUAUUUUAUUUUAGUUAAUUAAAAAAUUCAUAGUAAAGAGAAAAAUCUGUUAUAAGAGGUAAUUAUGCUUAUAUAUGUCAUGAAAAUUAAAAUUAAGAAACCAAUAAUAAUUAUUGGGUAGAUAUCCAAUGCGGUAAAUCAUAAAAACAUACACCAGUUUUACAUCAGGAAUAACAUAAAACUGAUUAGAGUGUCUUUAAAUUAUAUGCUAGUAGUAGUAAUGAUGUUUGGGAAAUCUCAUUUGUUUUGAGUUGUGUUAAGACUCUUAUGAAUUAUUUAGAUGAUGUUUCAAGAUUAAAAUGGGAAAAUGAUGUUAAUGAUAAAGAAGUUUUGAAAGAUCAUUUAUUAAAAAUUUAAACAACAAAAUAAUGUAUUGAAGAUAUCAAUGACUUUUGUAAUAAUCGUUUGUAUAAUUCAACUCCAGAAUAAAAAUAUGGAACCAUCAACCAAUUUAGAUAAAAGUUAUUAAAGGAAUAAUACUAUAUUGAUUUAUUAGUUAAAAUUUUGGUUCAAUAAUUAAAACCUGAAGAUUUGGUUAUGUGGAGUAGAAGGAUGAUGAUUAUUUAAAUGUAAGACUCUCAAUAAUAGUAAGAGAAAAUGAGCAACACAGAAUAAUCAAAUAAGAAAUAAGGGCUAAAAGAACAUGAAAUGCUAGCUUAUGUAGCCUUUAAAAUAAAUAUGAAUAUAUCGAUAUAUACUUUACUUACAUCAAUCUGUAAACAAAAUUAAGAGAAUGAAAAAUACACAUUUGAUUUAAUUGGUCAUUUCUUAGAUCAUUGCAGAUGUAUCCCAGAAGCAAUUAAAUGCAUGAUAUCCAUUAUUGGUAAUAAUCAAGAAUUACUAAGUCAAUUAUCUGCUAAUAUGAAGAUUGAUUAUAAUCCAAAAGAAUAGGAUUUCUUUGAACCAGAAGAAGAAAAAAUGUAAGUUUAACAUCACAAAGCUCAAAAUAACUUUCUGAUAUUCUUUUUAAAUUUAUUAGAAAAUGAUGAUUAAUCUCACAAAGCAGACUAUCUUACCUUUCUAAGAUAAAUGUGUGUUUAUAACAAUCAAGGAAUUAAUCAAAAUUAAGAAGCAAUUUAUAAAUUAUUAAAAAAACACAAUCACAAAAAAAUAGCAUUAAUAAAAGAUAAAGAAGAUCCAGACAAAAUAUCAUUAAAAGAUGGUAAAUUGAUUAUUCCUUUUAAAUUAUAAAAUGAUCCUAAAGAAAUGUAUUUCAUAAAUGAAUAAUUAUAAUUUUAUGCAGAUGUUUCUUUUGGUAGAAAUUAUUUAUGGAAAUAAGAAUUAGAGUAAUAUUUUAGUAAGGAUUUCUUAUUUUAAAAUAUAUGGUAAGAUGAUGGAAAUAAAACUUAUAGUGUACUAUAAGCUGCUUUAUGUAAAAUAGCAAUGAGUCUUUAUAUUGAUCAUGAUCCCUUAAAUAGAGUUCAAUUACCUAAAUACUGUAACCUUUAUAAAGGAAUAGAUUAGAUUUUAGAGAAUUAACAUAUGGAUUUAUAUAAACCAUUAAUAGAAGAUUUAUUUAGAUAUUUGCAAGAAGCAAGAAAUUAAGUUGUACAUGCUUUAGAUUAAAAAGAAAAUGGAGAAAAUAAUAAAGAUUAUCAUUAACUUGAGGGUGAUGAAAAAAGCUUAUUAAUAAAUGAAUUGUUGUAUAAUUCAUGUUAAAUGAUGUAAUUGGUAUUAGAAUUAGAUGUAUUUACAUUAUUAGAUAAAGAACCUAAUUAUUAUUACAAAUAAAUUAUAGAUAUUGUAAUACAUUUUUUUUUUUAUGAUUUUAAAUAAUUAUAGUUGAUGAGGAGUGUUUACAAAUAAUAGAAAAAUGAAAUAAAUUAAAGAAAACAAAGAAAAGAUAAUAAUCCAUUAGGAAUUGGAUUAAAUUUAGGAGCAAAUUUAAUUAAUAUGGCAAAUCCAAUGAAUUUGAAUUUAAACAACAUUUUUGGAUCAGAUGAUGAAUAAAAGUCUGACACUGAAGAUGAAGAAUAAAUUGAUGAUGGAAUUGUUGAUGAUGUAUAGAUGUAUACUAAUCCUUUGAUGAGAGGAUUCAUUAAAUUAGAGAAUGAAUUAUAAAGUACAAUUUUAAUAAGAGAAGAAACAGGAUCAAAUUAAUUAGAAAUAAAAAUUAAAUUAACUUUAUGUGAUAUAAUGGAUAGAUUUUUGGAUAUGAGAUAAAAUUAUUUAAUGCUUAAUGUCCUUUCUUUUUUUAAAAAAUCAAUUAUAGAAAAAAUGUAAGAUGGAAUUUAACAAACUAAAUUAACUAAAGAAAAAGAAGAAUAAUCUUAUGGAAUGACAAAUACUGAAAUAGAUCUAUUAAAACUAUAAUAAUUUGUUUAGAGAAAAACAGAUUCAAAUUUAUUAGGUUUGCUUCCAAAUAUAUCUAAAACUGGUUUAAAAGAUAUUGAUGAAAAAAGAGAAUAGUAAGAUGCAUUUGGAAUAGGUGCCUUGAAAUUUUUAAAUAAAUUAGCAGAAACUAAAUUAGAAUCUGAAGAAUUUAAAAUUUUCACUGAAAAUAUAAUGCUCAUUUAUGAUUUAGAUUAAUAUUUUUCACUCAAUUUACCUUAAGAGGAUAUAAAUAAAAUUUCAAAUCCUAUUGGAGUAGUUUUACCAUUUUUAUUUACUAAUUUUUCAUAAAUUCAUGAAGAGGAAUUAGAAAAAAAAUGUUUAGCAAUAAUAAUGAGGUUAUUUAAUUAAAGAGAAGAAUUAUGCAAUAAUUUAUUAAAAUUAUAAUUAAUUAGUGAUCCUAUAAAAAGUAAAUUAUAUGAAUAUUUGAGUGAACAUGUUUAUAGAUUAAAUCAAUUAAUUGAUAGAUCUGAAGUUUGGUUAACAGAUUUUAUGAAAAAUUCAAAGUAUGAAGAUUUAGAUGAAACACUUGAGAUUAUUGAUAAUUUUAGAUAAGGAUUUUUUAAGGAUACAUAAAUUUCAGCUAGAAUUGUUUCUACUGCUUAAGAAAUAGAUCCUGAAAAAUAGAAUCUAAUGAAUGCUUUAAAAAUCUAUGUGCCUAUCUUAAAUUUAAUAAGAGAUUAAUUGUAAUCUUUAGAUUUCCAUUUAGAAAAUAAUAAAAAUAUUCAAAAAAAAUAAAGAUUAGCUUAAUUAUUUAUUUUUGCAUUUUAAUUUUUAACUAAUUUUUGCAGAAACAAUCAUGAAAAUUAAAUAUUACUAUCUUAAAGUUUAUCUAAUUUUGAAUUUAUGCAUAUAGAAGUAGGUUAAAUACCAUUGAUUUGUGAAAUUUAUAAAGAUAAUCAAAAAAUGUUAUUAUCUAUAAAUAGAAAUGAUAAAGUAUUCCAUAAAUUUGUAGAAUUGAUAUAUCAGAAUGGAAGAAAAGCCUAAUUUUUAGAUUUCUUUUUAACAAUAAUAAAAUAAGGUAAUAAAUAUAUUUUUGAUAAUCAACUACUUGUAUUGAAUACCUUUCUUGAAAAGGAAGAAUUACUAUACACAGAAAAACAUGAAUUUAUAUUUGAUGGAGAAAUUUAAUUGCAUUAAUCUGAUUUUUUAAGUGAUUUAGCUCAUCCUCCACCUAUGAAUUAACCAUUUCGUUAUCAUGCUAAACUAUUGGAUUUAUUAUUAUAAUGUACAUAUAUUCAAAUGAUUGAUGGAGAUUAAAAAGACAAUUUUACUAUUAAUGUGGCAAAAUUAAAAAAGAAAUUUAGUUUAUAAUAUUUAAUUUCUUUAAUUUGUAAAUAAGAUUCUCUUUCUUCAAAAAAUCCAUCAAUAUAAGAUUAAGGGUUUGGUUUAAUAAAAAAACAUCUAUGGAUAUUUUUAAUGAAUGUUCAUAUUACAAGUGAAAAGAGUCAUAAUAUUGCAAAAGAUAUUUAAAAUGACAUAAUGAAAAUAAUAGAUUUUGAAUUAAGAAGAUUAGAAUAAGCUUCUAUAGAACAUCUUUAAUCUAAAUAUUUUGAUUUUUUAACAGAAGCAGUAUUGCCACUUUUUACAACAUAUUUGAGUCGUAAAAAUGUUACAAUACAUGUAGAAGAAGAUGAUGAAGCUCAUGAUUAAGAAUAAAAAGAUAUUGCAUAAUUGCUUUCUUUUGCUAAAUUAUUAUAAUAACAAAUAAUAUAAUUAGGAAAGUACAUAUCAAAGAAGAAACAUGUUUAAAGUUUAAUUGGUUUUUUUUCUUUUUUUAAUACAAUAACUAUGGGUAAAUGUUGUGCCUCAUUAUAAAAUUAAGACAAAUAAUUAGAAGAUAAAUAAUUGGAAGAUUUAGGAGAAUUUAAUAAUUUAAGAUCUGUAAUGUUUAAUAUAAAUGCUGGAGUAAAUGAUAAUUUAUAAAGUGAAUAAAAUGAAUAUAUUGGAUUAUAAAAUUAAAAUGUGAUUUAAUAAAGUAAUGGAGAUAAUCCUGUUCCUAAGACCAUUUUUUAGAAUAAUAAUAAUUUGAAAUAAAAAAUAGGAAUAAUGACGGUUUUAUAAUAAUAAAAUAAAAAAUAGAAAGAAGAGCCUCCUAUAAUAGAGAUGGAAGUAGAAACUGAAGAAGUAGAAAAAAUUGCAUUUGCUUGGGAUGAAUUUAUAAAUCAUUUAUGUUUAACAGAUAAGACAAGAAUUUAAAUUUAAGCAGAAAUAUAAAAAUUAUCAGAAGCUAUACUUGAAUUUGAAUAAUAUUUUGGAAAUUCAAGUGAUUAUAAACCUGAGAAAAAUGAAAAGAUUUUAAAAGUAGAAAGGACAGUUUUGAUUAAAAAAUUUAUAAAUUUUCUAAGUUAUGCAUUAAAUAAUAAUCAAAAUAACAAAGCCAUUAUAACUCUAUUAAGCGUAUUAAGAAAAGUAAUCGAAGGUAAACCUAAAGAAGAAAAUGAAGGAGAAAUUGCAGUAGAAGGUGAAAAUAAUGAAAUGGAAGAAAUGCAAAAUCUAUUUAAUAAAUUAGGAGCGACUAGAAUGGUAUUAACAGUAAUAAGUGAAUCAACCACUUUAGAAAGUGAAAUGCUUAGACAUUUUCUUAUGUUUAUAAAUACUCUACUUUCUGGAGGAAAUAAUAAAGUAUAAAAAACUAUUUCUGAAUUUAUUAAAACUUAUCCAAAAAGUGAAGUUAUCUUUAGUCGCUUGAAUAAUGUAAUUUAAGCUCAAAUUAAAUAAAUUACUAUCAAAGCAAAAGAUAAAAAGAUUGAAGAUUAAUAAUAAAAUUAUCAAUAGUAAUCAGAUGAACCAAAUAUUUAAGAAUUACAAUAAUAAUAAGAACUUGAAUUGCUUUUGACUUAAGUAUUAAGAUUUCUAUAAAAUUGUUGUGAAGGACAUUAUUUGGAUUUAUAAAAUUAUAUUCGUUAAUAAACAAAUUCUAGGAAUUCCUAUAAUAUGAUUAAUUAAGUUGCAGAAUUAUUAUUGACAUAUUAUUAUAAAGAUAAAGCAUAAUAUGAAAAUAUGGUUUUAUGUUUAGAUACAUUAAAUGAAUUGGUAUAAGGGCCAUGUUCUGAAAAUUAAGUAGCUGUUGCUGAUUCUAAAUUUUUUGAGAUUGCAUCAGAUUUAUUUGGUUAAAGAAAGGAAAAAGAUUUAUCUGGGAAAGCUUAAACAUUGGUUUCAAAUCUUAGAAGUUCUAAAACUUAAAAUAAUAAAAUGAAAACUUUUAAAACAAGUAGAUUCUAAAAGUAAUAAAAAGGAUCUGAUUUGAAAGGAUGGUAAAUUGAAAGAAUGUAAACAAAAUGUUUAAUUUUAAUUUUAUCUUUAAUUGAAAAAAGAGAAAUCUCAGAUUCUAAUCCUAUUAUUAAAAGAAUUAUGAGACAUUUAACACCUUCACUUCUAUAAAAACAUUUGGUGAAAUCAUUUGAUAAAUAUGAUAAGUAGUGUAAAGAAGGAUAUUAAAUUGAAGUCUUAGACCGUAUCAAAGAAGAUCCAGAAAAUGCUAAAGAGAAUGAAGAAGGUAAAGAUGAAAAGUAUUAUGAAUUAAUUCUUUAGAAAGGAUUUUAUAUUUAUUUUUUAAUGUGCUAUUAUAUGGAAUCAGAUAAAAAUGCUGAAAAUCAAUUUAUAUAAAUGUAUAGAGCAAACACAAGAAAGAAAUUGAAAUAAGAUAAAGGAACUUUAGAAGAUUUACUAUUUGGUGAUAAUAUAGUUGGUUAAUUAGUAAGUUUUGUUAUGUCUUUUGCAAAUAGUUGGAUUGAUUUAAUGAAUUAAAUAAAAAAGGAAGCUUAUAAAUAAAUGAUUAAUUAAAAUUAAACUCCUGAAUAAUUAGAAAAAUAGGUAAGAGAAAAAAAAGCAGAAAAAGUAAAAUUAGUUAAAAGAGCAUUUGAUUUUUUUUAUAAAAAUAGUGCAUCAAUAGAAGUAGUUAGAAGUAAUGAAAUUGAAAUAGUUUAUUUUAUUUUACUACCUUAUACAAAUAAUCUACCUUAAGAAUAAAAAUUUGAAUUUCAUGAAAAUGUUGAUAGAUCAUCUACAAAAUCUAAGGUUUAAUUUUUAGUUUAAGAAUCAGAAAGAUUGAUUGAAAUUUGUGAACAUGAAGAAUAAUUGAGAAGGAUUUUCUAGAGAUAAAAAUUUUUAGCUUUAUUUGCUAAUUAUGUAAAAUUAUGGAAAGAUUUGGCUUUUUUAUUUACUCUACUAUUAAAUCUUUUUAUAAUAGGAUCAUUUGCAGAAAAUGAUUCUGGAAAUAGAUUAACAGAUUUUAGAUUGUUUAGAAAUGAAAAAUAUUCUCCUUAAUAAACUAGAAAUAUCUUUCUUAUAUGUGGUACUAUAAUGGCUUGUUGUUCAAUAUUUGUUGUAUCUUUCUUUUUAUUUAAAAAUGCUCCCUUAAUAAUAAGGAAAGCUUGGAAAACAAAAUUACCUUUUGAAGAUAAAUUCACUUAUUGGCCAAUUCAAUUAAUUUAUAAAGUCUUCAAGCUUUUGGCUGUCCUUUUUUAUAUUUUGAAAGAAAUAGAAGUUGUUUAUUAUUUGGCAUAUGGUGCAUUGGCAGUAAUAGGUACAGUAUUACAUCCAUUCUUUUUCAGUUUUCAUCUGACAGAAAUAUUGAUACGAUAUCCAACUUUAAAAAAUGUAAUUAGAUCAGUAUGGGAACCAAAAUAAUAAUUAGGAUUAACAUUAGUUCUAUUUGUUAUUUUAGUAUAUGUGUAUGCUCUCAUUGCUUACACAUUUUUCUUUGAAGAUUAUAAUGGGAAAUGUCAAUCUACUCUCUUUUGUUUUCUUUUCACAUUUGAUUGGACAUUUAAAGCUAAUGGUGGUGUUGGAGGAUACUUAUCAGAUUUAGAAGAUGAAAAUAUAGUAGAAAAAUAUCAAUUAGGAAGAUUUGUAUUCGAUAAUACAUCUAAUAUCUUUUUAGUCAUUAUUAUGGUCAAUAUAGUUGCAGGUAUUAUUAUUGAUACUUUUGGAUCGUUAAGAGAGGAGGAAAGUAAUAAAAUAAGAGAUAUUGAAGAUAAGUGUUUUAUUUGUGGAAAUCUCAAAACCACAUUUGAUAGAUUAUAAGACAUUUCAUCAAUGGGGGGAGGUUUUGAUCAUCAUAUAAAAGUAAAUCAUUAUAUGUGGAAUUAUAUGUUCUUUAUGGCUUAUUUAAAAUACAAAGACCCAACAGAUUACACAGGUAUUGAAUAAUAUGUUUGGGAGAAGAUUUAAAAAAAAGAUUUGACUUGGUUUCCAUUUAAUAAAGCUAGAGAAUUAUAAGGUCUAAAAUCAGAAGAGGAAGAAGAUUCAAAAAGAAUUGAGAGACUCUCAACAGAUGUAUACUUAUUUAUUUAUCAUUUUAGAUGCUAAGUGUUAUGGAAUAAAUGAAAUCUGUUACUUAAACGUUGAAUUAAAUGAAAAAUAGAAAGUAGACUAAACAUAAUGCUAUUAAAUCAGUUGAUCUGCUAUGA